GACAGUGAUGAUGAUGAGGAGGUGGUGCAGGUGGAUCGAGACCACUUCAUGGAUGAAUUCUUUGAGCAGGUGGAAGAGAUCCGCGGCUGCAUCGAGAAGUUGUCUGAGGAUGUGGAACAGGUGAAGAAGCAGCACAGCGCCAUCUUGGCGGCGCCCAACCCUGACGAAAAGACCAAACAGGAGUUGGAGGACCUGACGGCCGACAUUAAGAAGACCGCCAAUAAAGUUCGUUCGAAAUUAAAAGCGAUCGAGCAGAGCAUCGAGCAGGAAGAAGGUCUCAACAGAUCCUCGGCCGACCUAAGGAUUCGUAAGACGCAGCACUCGACGCUGUCCCGCAAGUUUGUGGAGGUGAUGACCGAGUACAACACCACGCAGUCCAAAUACCGAGACCGCUGCAAGGACCGCAUCCAGAGGCAGCUGGAGAUCACCGGAAGAACCACUACCAACGAGGAGCUGGAAGACAUGUUGGAGAGUGGCAAACUGGCCAUCUUCACCGAUGAUAUCAAGAUGGAUUCCCAGAUGACCAAACAGGCCCUGAAUGAAAUUGAGACCCGGCACACUGAGAUCAUCAAGUUGGAGAACAGUAUCCGAGAGCUCCACGACAUGUUCGUGGACAUGGCAAUGCUGGUGGAGAGCCAGGGCGAGAUGAUCGACAGAAUCGAGUACAACGUCGAGCACUCCGUUGACUACGUGGAGCGAGCUGUCUCCGACACCAAGAAGGCCGUCAAGUACCAGAGCCAAGCCCGCAAGAAAAAGAUCAUGAUCAUCAUCUGCUGCGUGAUCCUGGGCGUAGUCCUGGCGUCCACCAUCGGCGGGACUCUGGGCUUCUGA